CACAUGAUUAACGAGGAAGUCAUGGGUUCUCCAGAGUGAAAGCCAGCCAGAGAUAAAUCAGCUGUGUUUUUCAGCCAUGUUGCUGUAUAAUCUCUACUUGUUUUUUGUUUUCGUAGCGAUCUAUGUUCCCUCUCUCAAGUGUGGAGACGUGGUACAUCUUAGCGCUUCAGAGUCAGCGGACAAACUGGAAGCAGUCCCGUCUUUAAGCACCGCUGCAAUCAGUUCUCCCGUAUCUAAGCCCGCCGUGGACACUGUUUUCUCCUUCAGUCUGCUGUCUUCCUUCCCAGAUGACCUGGAGGUCAGUGACUACUGCAGCGACCUGCUCCACAUAUUCGGUCAGCGGUAUGUGGCCUAUGUGAACUGCUUGGUGCCCGCUGCUCGACCCGUCAAAGUAUGCCAGAGCUGUUACUCGACUUAUGGCAGCCUCGUGGAAAUCUACAACAACAUCUCGUCAGACCAGAUGGGUCCUGGGAAUGUGACCUGCAGGGACAGCCUUCUGCGCAGUGAUCGGCUGAUGCUGGUUUACCAGCUGUACAGCAAUCUGGAAAGUCUGUGGGAAGACUCCAACUGUGCCAAAUGUGUCACUGAACACUUGGAGAGCCUGACCAAUGACACACUGUACUUCAUGGCUACUCUCAAUCAAACUCUCACCUGCUUUGAGAAGUAUCAGCAGGGGAACCACACAGAGUUGUGCAAAAACUGCAAGAGCGCCUAUGGGACCCUGAAUGUGCUGUACAGCCAAAUGGAAAAAAACAGUACUCUGUGUAUUGACAUAGAGGAUGCGAUGAAUAUGACCCGCAGACUGUGGAGUAAGAAUUUCAAUUGUUCCUUCCCCCGGGAAGAGAAUGUGCCCGUCAUCGCUGUGUCCAGCUUCAUGCUCUUUCUGCCCAUCAUCUUCUACUUGAGCAGCUUCCUUCACUCUGAACAAAAGAAACGCAAGCUCAUACACCCCAGGAGAGCGAAAUCAAACACGAGUCUGAUGAACAUUCAGGACAAACUGAGCUGAAGAGGAUACACCUGACGGGAAUGGAGCAUUGAUUUUUGGGAGUACCUUUAUCAUCUCACUGCCUUGUGCCUGAAAUUUGACCAAAUCUGAAGAACUUAAGUGCAGCCUGCUCCACUGUUUUCAACAGGCUGUGAUAUCAAACAGUAUUAAGAGGACUUGAAAGAUCUGAACAAUUGCAAUAUUUUUUUAUUGCACUAAAAGGACUUUGGAAAGGUGAUAGCGUUUACAUCUUUCUAGUUAAUUUUGUUGGGAUACCUGGAGAAAAAUCCACAGUUACACCACAUUUAGAUUCUGCUUUGUUUUGUAAACUUCAGCAUUAGGAAUUUCCAUAAAACAGAAAUAAGUAAAUCAUGUAAAUCUUUGAACUUGUAAUCACGUGGUUGCUCGUGUUGCACAGUACGCUCUUAAUCCACAGGCAGCACUGGCCUCUCCUUCCUUUUUAACUAACUCGUUAACAAUCUUCAGGUUGUUCACCGUAUCCUGCUGUCACGGGAGUGAGUGAGUAGCUUGAAUGCAAUACGAGUGUGUGCGUGUGUGUGUGCGCGCCUGCAUGCGCUCUAUUUAUGGAUUGAGAAAUGGGUUUUCUGUCUCUAAUGUAUGUCCAGAAGAGAGAUACAAAAAAGAAGCACUUGAUGUCCAUUACUGGUGAUGUAUCUGCUGUAAGAAGAAGAGGGGUGCACAUCAGCGGGGAGGGGGAGUAAAUAAAGACACAACACACAUAAUGGAAGAGCACUCCACAGGACCACACUGUGAUGUUACCUGUUUUCUAGUUGGUGUUUUUUUGUGGUUGCAUAAAGCUUUUAAUGCGCUUUGUUGUCAUUUUUCCACUGAUGUUUAACUUAAUUUGUUAACGGGUUUCUGACUGCUCAUGAAAGCGGGUUGAUGAAGUUGCUGUGAAGUAAUGUACACCUUAAUUUUGAAUGCAACAGCUCAAAUAAAGAAAUUCCUAUCACAGA